AUCCUUCCCUAAAUGCAAGCAGGUGAGGCUGGGCAGUGGAGAGCAGCAUGGACCUGGAUGUGCUGAACAUGUUUGUCAUCGCUGGUGGCACCCUGGCUAUCCCCAUCCUGGCCUUCGUGGCCUCGUUCCUCCUCUGGCCCUCAGCGCUCAUCCGCAUCUACUACUGGUACUGGCGCCGAGCCUUGGGCAUGCAGGUUAGAUAUGCAAACUACGAUGACUAUCAGUUUUGUUAUUCCUAUAGAGGAAGACCUGGAUACCGACCAUCCAUCCUGAUGUUACAUGGGUUCUCAGCCCACAAAGACAUGUGGCUGUCCAUAGUCAAGUUCCUGCCAAAGAACCUGCACUUGGUGUGUGUGGAUAUGCCCGGGCACGAGGGCACGACACGCUCAGACUUGGACGAUUACUCCAUUAGUGGGCAAGCUAAGAGAAUACACCAGUUUGUGGAGUGCAUCAAGCUGAACAGAAGGCCCUUUCAUUUGGUUGGCACUUCCAUGGGGGGAAAUGUUGCUGGUGUCUAUGCUGCUCAGUACCCAGAAGACAUUUGCAGCCUGACCCUCAUCUGUCCUGCAGGCCUGCCAAGUACCACUGACAGCAAGUUCAUUAAGCAGCUCCGGGAGCUGCAAGAGUCCAAACGCAUAGACAGGAUCCCCUUAAUUCCCUCGACGCCGGAGGAGAUGGCAGAUAUGCUGAAGCUUUGCUCCUACGUUCGCUUCAAGGUGCCACAGCAGAUCCUCCAGGGCCUUGUGGACGUUCGCAUCCCACACAAUGAUUUUUAUCGAAAACUGUUUUUAGAAAUCGUGGAUGAAAAGUCCAGACACUCUCUCCAUGAGAACAUGAGCAAGAUCAAAGCCCCGACGCAGGUCAUCUGGGGCAAGCAGGACCAGGUCCUGGAUGUUUCUGGUGCCAAUGUUCUAGCAAGUGCUAUCCCAGACUGCCACGUGUACAUCUUGGAGAACUGUGGGCACUCAGUGGUGGUGGAGAGGCCCCGCAAGACUGCCAACCUCAUCCUGGAGUUCCUGGCACUGCUGCACAGCAUAGACAACAACAAGAAGCACGAGUGAGCAUGGCAGAGAGCUGAGCACCCAUGCCGGGUCUGUUAAAUUGUAAAGUACUGCAGCUUUGAUAAGUUCUCAGGGAUCUUGUACGAAUCAGGGUCAAUGUGCCAAAGUCCCUGAGGAAGGCAGAAUCACUGAUACCUAAACCUAUAGCACCACCGGCACAGCGACUUAGGGGUCAUUGAGCAACCUCCAUAGAUACAAGAACUGAUGCAGAGUAUCUCCCUUUUCUACUUAGAGAUAAAGUAGAAAUGAGCUGAAAUCACCCAGCACUCCUCACACAGCUGCCCAUCUUACCCGGGUUACCAGCACGUAGUUGUUCAUGACAUUUACCUAAACUAUAUAUGAAGUGUAGGAAGGAGGAAGCAUCCUGAACUGAGACUGACCAUAUUUCUACUACUU